AUGCCGUCUGACCUAGAGAUCUUCCCUUAUUUUCUCCGUGUCAAGGGUGUCGCUUUAUCUACCUGCUCUAACUGGCUCAACAAUUUUAUUUUGGUAAACUUCCCGCUCACCUUUUCCGCCGUUUUUUGCGCGCUUGCCGCAGUGUGGAUCUACUUCUUCGUCCCAGAAACCAAUGAUCGAGCAGAUGGAACAUGUGUUCAAAGAUAA